AUUAAUAUUUUAUUUUAUGCCCGGGUAGAAAUCACUUAUAGGUAGAGUGGAUCCCGUCUCAUGUGGAGUGAUCUUUGCCCCCACCGUCAAGUGUGCAAGAGGGAAUCCGAAUUCAGAAUUCAACCUUAAGAGAGAUCUGUUAAGAUUGGCAGGCUUAUGAAGGGCUUCCUAGUUAAACUGUUUGCCUUUUAAUCUAACCAAAUAGGAUUAAAAAUGGCCUUUGGGGUUUAAAUAAUGUAAACUUCAGACAUCAGAACAUGCUAUCCAAGGCUACACUCUCCAUACAACCCAUAGUAGCCAAACAGCCACUGAUAAUCCCGCCAUUGUUGCUCUUCAACAGAACCACUUCAUCAACAACCACUCUCCUCUCAAUCCCACCUCACACAUCCACAGAUCAAACCAACCAAACAAUCCAUUUCACCAAUACUGACACCCAACAUUGCCAUCUCUCUUACAGCAACCUCUUCUCUCUCCUAAAGUGCCCACCCAAUCUCUCCGAAGCCAGAAGGUUACACUCUCUCCUCCUUGUUGGUGGUUUCUUCACCACCAACAGGGUCUUGGGUUCACAGCUCGUCAACGUCUAUGUCGAAUUGGGCAGUUUUGAAGAAGCUUUGCUUGUCUUCCAUAAACUUCCCCAGAAGAACAACAUUGCUUGGAAUGCGAUUCUCAGGGGUUUUGUGCAGGUUGCUCAGUUUUCUGAAGCAAUCGAGUUCUAUCACUUGAUGCUCACACAAGGCAUAGUCCCUGAUAAUUUUACCUACCCAUUAAUUCUAAAGGCUUGUUCUGGGAUAUGUGCACUUGAAGAAGGGAAAAGGGUUCUAGAAUUGAUCCGAUUCAAUGAAACUUCUCGCGGUAUAAAACCAAAUAUCUAUGUUGAAUGUGCCAUGGUAGAUAUGUUUGCCAAAUGUGGCAGCUUGGUUGAAGCGCGGAUGGUGUUUGAAGAAAUGCCCAGGAAAGAUUUAGCUUCCUGGACCGCGAUGAUAUGCGGAACUGUGCAGAAUGGGGAUUGGAUUGGAGCUUUUUGUUUCUUCAGAAGGAUGAAAUUGGAAGGAAUACGGCCUGAUUCGCUGAUUGUUUCUGGUCUUCUUCCGGCAUGUGGUAGAUUGGAGGCUAGGAAAGUGGGAAUGGGAUUGCAAGGCUGUGCUGUUAGGAGUGGCUUUGAUAGCGAUUUGUUUGUUUCGAAUGCUUUAAUGGAUAUGUACUGUAAAUGUGGGAAAACCCGUGAAGCUUACUGUGUGUUUUGCAGCAUGCAGUAUAAGGAUGCAGUCUCUUGGAGUACCUUGAUUGCUGGUUACUCGCAAAAUAGCCAAUACCGGGAGAGUGUAGAGUUGUAUCUGGAAAUGAAGAGCAAUGGUGUAAAAACUAAUGCAGUCUCCGCGGCAAGUGUUCUUCCUGGAUUUGCCAAGCUCAGAAUGUUGAAACAAGGAAAGGAGAUGCACAACUAUAUCCUAAAACAAGGGUUUGAAUCUGAUAUUGUUGUAGCAAGUGCAUUAGUUGAUAUGUAUGUCAACUGUCAUUCCACAAGAGAAGCACAACACAUUUUUGAAAUCAUGUCUGACAGGGACAUCACAAUAUGGAAUUCAAUGAUUGCAGGGCAUGCUUUCAGUGAGAAUUUUGAUUUAUCUUUUAGGAUCUUUAGAAGAAUCUGGGAAUCUAAACUUGAACCGAACUCUAUAACAUUGGUGAGCAUCCUUCCAAUUUGUACUGAGGUGGGGAGUCUCAAACAUGGAAAGGAGAUUCAUGGUUAUGCAACUAGAAGCGGUUUGGGAAUGGUUGUUUCUGUUGGAAAUUCUCUAAUAGAUAUGUACUGUAAAAAUGGUUGCCUAGAGCUUGGAGUGAAGGUAUUUAAUAUGAUGACAGUAAAGAAUGUUGUGACAUAUAAUACAAUUAUAUCUGCUCAUGGGAUCCACGGACAGGGAGAGCGGGCUUUAUCAUUCUUUGAUCAAAUGAAGGCCGCAAAAGUUAGGCCUAACAGAGUUACCUUUAUAGGACUACUGUCUGCUUGUAGUCAUGCUGGUCUAAUUGAUAGAGGUUGGUUUUUCUACAAUUCCAUGAUAGAUGAUUAUGAUAUGAUGCCAGAUAUGGAACACUAUUCAUGCAUGGUGGACCUUCUUGGUAGAGCAGGCCAUCUUGGGGAUGCAUGCAAUUUUAUCAGAGGGAUGCCGGUUGAGCCGGACAUUAAUGUUUUGGGAAGCUUACUCGGUGCUUGCAGAGUUCAUAACAAGGUGGAGCUUGCUGACUUUGUUGGAAGGCAAAUUUUCAAGAAGAAUUCAAAAGAUUCAGGCUAUCAUGUUCUUUUAGCGAAUAUAUAUGCAUCCACUGACAGAUGGGAAGAUGUCUCGAAGCUUAGAACUAUGAUAAAAGAGAAGGGUUUGAUAAAGAAACCUGGAAAAAGCUGGAUUGAUUUAGGAGGUUGUAUUCAUAUCUUCCAUGCCAGAGGCACAAAGCAUCCAGAAUUCAAUAAGAUCCAAGAGACACUAGGAAGUUUAUUGUUGGAGAUGACGAAUGAAGGGUAUAAGCUGGUCCCUAGUUUCUUGUCCAAUGAUCUUGUGGGUGACGGUGAGGAGCUAUAGAAUUAAGUGAACUAAUAACUUUGACAUUGAUGGCAAUAGAUCAUUCAGAAGGAAUUUAUUGAACUCCAGGGGACCAUGGUUGUCCAAGAAGUAUUUAUCAAUAGUUGAUUUGCAGGAUGCUUGGAGUAGAAUUCACAUGAUCUUGUUGGAGCAACAUCAUGUACAAAUCUACCUUUCAAUAUAUAUAUAUAUAUAUAUAUAGUUUACAAAAAGUGUAUAAUAUUUUAAAUAGUCAAAAAUUAAUAAGUUGACAUCCCCACCUUCCCUAUUCCACUUCAUCUUUCUUUUUUUCAUUUGUUUUUCUUUUGGUGGUGCUGGGGGAACAAUUUCUUAGGAUUCUAAGUUGAUGGUACUUUUGCAACAUCUAUUGAUUCAUCUGAGAUCAAAAUCUUGAACAAAUUU